UGCGUCAGCCUUUCGGUUUUCGUUCCGUGAUUUUUUGGCUUAACUGCAUUUAUUUAGUUGAACACGUUAGGAGUAAUUUAUUUUGCCAACAAAGCAGCUAUUUCUUUAUUAAAUCGUGUGAAAUGUUACUGAUUGUAAAUCAUUACAUUAUUUAUGAACUUUACUUUCACUGUAGGGUGAUUAGCGUUUUAUUUUAAUUUGUAAAAUUUACAUGAUAUUUAUUUAUGAAAAUACUAAGGUUUCGGGUAUUUACGUAAACCACGGCGUCGAAAAAAAACGAGAUUUCCUCCAACACGGAGACGGAUUACAGAUUCAAAAUGCCCGCCGCCAGUUUCGGGGCUCAGCUUCCCCCUCUUGGCGACGGGGGCAUCAAAGACGUGUGGAAUUCGAACCUACAUGAAGAAUUUCAAAUAAUUAGACAGGUGGUGCAGAAGUACCACUGGGUUGCUAUGGACACAGAGUUCCCCGGUGUAGUGGCACGCCCUAUUGGUGAAUUUAGGUCCACGGCAGACUAUCAGUACCAGCUACUCAGGUGCAAUGUGGAUUUGUUGAGGAUCAUUCAGCUGGGCCUCACGUUCAUGGACGAAAAUGGUAAAACACCGCCGGGCUACACCACCUGGCAAUUCAACUUCAAAUUUAAUUUACAAGAAGACAUGUAUGCGCAGGACUCCAUAGACUUAUUGCAGAACUCGGGGCUCCAGUUCAGGAAGCACGAGGAGGACGGCAUUGAACCGCUAGAGUUUGCCGAGUUACUCAUGACAUCAGGCCUUGUUCUUAUGGACAACAUCAAAUGGUUAAGCUUUCACUCCGGUUAUGACUUUGGCUACCUGCUAAAGCUGCUCACCGAUCAGAACCUACCGCAAGACGAGAACGACUUCUUCGAGAGUCUACGGCUGUAUUUCCCUACAGUUUACGAUGUCAAGUACCUCAUGAAGCUCUGCAAAAAUCUGAAGGGCGGAUUACAGGAGGUGGCAGACCAGUUGGAGCUGCGGCGCGUUGGGCCGCAGCAUCAGGCUGGUUCCGACUCUCACCUCACUGGGAUGGCGUUCUUCAAGAUCAAAGAGAUAUUUUUCGACGAUAACAUCGAGAGCUCAAGCGGGCACCUGUACGGUUUGGGCGCCCCGUUCUCCGCGUCCACGAGCACCUUCCAGGAGGGCGGCGAGGCGGGCACCUCUUCCUGAUCGGCGGAGGCCGGCGCCGGCGCGCCCGCCCCGUCCCCGCGCCUCUACCUGCAGGAGUGAGCCGCGCCCGCCGCUACCGGCGCCCACGUUCCUGCCUCGAGUGCGUCACUGACACAAUACCGUAGACUCUAAAGUGAAUGGAACUCGCAUAUGAAUAUUAAUUGAAAAUGAUUUACUAAUUAUUACUGUGCGUCCUCGGUUUUAAAAGUAUUUUACAAUUCGAAAAGAAUGGAAAUAUUUUUAAAAUCCUAACGACAUUUAUUUUUAAAUAGGUGAUUCGUAUUUUUAUCAAUUGUCACAUGUAUUAGUUACGUUUUUAAACAUAAUUUUAAGCUUUCCCUAUUAUUUACAUUUAUUUUAGUAGUUGAAUGUCCAUAUAAAAUGAAGUAUGUAAGCCGGUAUCGAACUAUUUUACAGUGGUAAACAUUAUUUCACUAAAAUGAACUUUGAUAAUAACAUUAUUUUGGCAUGUAUUUAUCAGAUCACCAGACUUAGUAAAAUUUAACACCAAAAAAUCGUUUUUACCACCAAAAAUAAUGAAUGAUCACCAAAAUUAGAACUCCUAUUUAAUGUGAAAUGAUUACCAAAUCUGUACCAUUUUUGUGUUCCGUAGCCAAAUGGCAAAAAACGGAACCCUUAUGGAUUCGUCAUGUCUGUCUGUCUGUCUGUCUGUCUGUCCAUCCGUAUGUCACAGCCACUUUUUUCCGAAACUGUAAGAACUAUAUACUGUUGAAACUUGGUAAGUAGAUGUAUUCUGUGAACCGCAUUAAGAUGUUCACACAAAAGUAGAAAAAAAACAAUAAAUUUUGGGGGUCCCCAGCAUACUUAGAACUGAAACUCAAAAUUUUUUUUUUUCAUCAAACCCAUACCGUGUGGGGUAUCUAUUGGAUAGGUCUUCAAAAAGAUAUUGAGGUUUCUAAAAUCAUUUUUUUCCCAACUGAAUAGUUUGCGCGAGAGACACUUCCAAAGUGAUAAAAUGUGUCCCCCCCCCCCCCUGUAACUUCUAAAAUAAGAGAAUGA